AUGGGCGCACUUUCGGUCUUCGCAUUGUCUCGGAGCAGGAGAAGCCUCUCCCUCGUUUCCUUGGCUCUCUGUAUCCUUGCCACACUGGUACUAUUGCAACACGAUGAACAAGGAAGCUUUCUUCGCCCAGCAAGAUGGGAUUUACAUGACAUCUUACGCCCCCAACCAGAAUCAAAGACUCAGAGUUUCGGUACCAAAAAACCUACUCAGCCAGAUGCGCAGCGCGAGCCGGUGCCAGAGCCACAAACUCAACCCCAGAUCAUGGAUCUUACCCAUCUCGCGAAGUACGAAUUGACGCCUAGCUUCACUUAUAGCAGACGAACUAUCAUCCCGAAAGCCUCCAACGGCAAACGUGAAACGCUCACCAAAAUGGAAGGAGAAUACCUGUUUAAUACCCCGCAGGUUCUAAAUGAGCAAGCAGUGUGGAACAGAAGCACAAGCAUUGAUAGCUUUCCGCCGUUGACACUCCAUGUCCCUUCUUCCCCAGAGGUCGACACUUCGAUAAUAUCCUUCGGCAUAGCAACCAGUGCCUCCCGUGUGCCCGAAGCAUUCCCCAACCUUGAACACUGGCUCUCCAACACCUCUAGUUCCAUCUAUGUUGCCGUCUCGGACCCUCAAGAGAACGAGCUAACCGAACUACAAUCACAACUUGAACACUUGAAUAUAAAAGCUACUCUCGCCAAUUCUUCACUCUUCUUCUCAAACGCGUAUUUCUCACUCAUCAAGGAACUUUACGACGCUCGCACCGAGAAGACUGAAUGGCUUGUCCUAAUAGACGACGAUACAUUCAUCCCUUCUCUCCCUACCCUCCUUACGCACCUGAAUAACGCUUACGACUCAUCCCAAGAACUCAUCAUCUCAGCCGCAUCAGACAACAUGGACCAAAUCCGCAUCUUCGGCAUCCAACCAUACGGCGGUGGCGGAAUCUUCAUCUCUGUGCCACUCGCUCGCAUCCUCACCCAGCCUGAGGUUUGGGACUCGUGCAUGAGCUCAGAGAGCGAACAAGGUGAUCAAAUUGUCAAUGAGUGUUUGGACGCUCAUUCGCCUGUCCGGCCGACUUUCGAUUUGGGGCUUAAUCAGAUGGAUAUCCAUGGUGAUUUCGCUGAGCCGGCAGGUUAUUUCGAGAAUGGGAGACAGAUGCUUACGAUUCAUCAUUGGAGGUCUUGGUUUCAUAUUGAUAUGCCGGCUGUUGCUACAGUGUCCAAGGCGUGUGGAGAUGAGGGCAUUCUGAUGAGGUGGCUAUUUGAGGGUGAUGUGGUGUUGAGUAAUGGAUAUUCGAUUGCUGAGUAUCCCAGGGGCAUAAGCGAGACAGAUCUGCAGAGUGUUGAGCUGACAUGGUCGGAUGAUGUGUGGAAAUUUAUGCAUCACAUUGGGCCAUUGAGGGAAAAGAUGGGGAGGGAUCAAAAGAGGUCGUUUGGGAUGGUGGAGACUGUCGUGCUAGAGGAAGGAGUGCGACAGACUUACCUCGAAAAGGCCGAAGAGAUAGGAAUGAAGAAGGUGGGCAUGGAUCGGGUUGUGGAGUUAUUGUGGUUGUUCGAUUGA